AUGUAUCCCCCAGGUCGCCUGCGACCUGUGCAUCCAAGGUUUGGUCAUGCCGUUGCUGCUCGGCACAACGAGGCCUGGCGCCAUCUCGCGGUCCUGAUAUUGCCUUCUUCCGACGAUCGCCUUUCAUCAUCACGUGACUCUGAUUUGGACCAAAUGAAGACUGACUCCAACGCCAUUAGUGACAAUCGUACUGGAGCCUUGGAGACGACACUCGUAUGGGUGGCCAGUGCCAAACGUAUAAUUCAACUAGCCGUCUACACUAAACGAGGCGACAGCAGACACAACGACGAUGUUAAAGUAUGCUACACAUCAGAAUUGAGAAUUGGGCGAAGUUUAGCCACUAUUUACGGUCCCCAUGCUGGUGAGGCAGAAAUCUUCUGGCCUGAUUUGGGCUCCCAAGUUCGUCCAAGUGCUCCGAAGCCCACGCAAGAUAUGAAGGUCAAAACAGAUGGCUACGGGGGUCGAGCUGUAUCAUCGGUUCACGAGGAGCAUCUGGCAGAUGAUAGGGGAGCCAGAGGUAACAAGAAUCAGACUGGCUGGAGGAGAGUUCAGAACAUGUACAGAAUGGAGCAAAUAGGCAAAGAGACAAAGGUGAUCUGGGAUGGAGACCGUAUGAUUUUGGAUACGAAGCAUGUAGAAGACGAUUUUGGGGGAGAGAAAGAGGUAAAUAAUGAUGGAAACCCAGACAUAGAUGUGCUGGAUGAGGAUGAGGAGGCUGAUAUAGAAGAUGAGAUUGAAAAGAAGCCGAUGGAGCAGGAUUCGGUGGCAGAACCUUUACGGCUUUAUCGCAUCAAACAUGCCGAAAAGGAUGGGAGCAGGGUCCCCUUACAGACCCAAAUUGAAGAGUUGAGCGUUGACCUGAUGCCUAAGCCAGUCGAAGAGAUAACCGGCAUCACCGUCAAGAGAGCCAAAGUGGUGUUUUGA